AUGAUAGUGAAUCAACUACAAGCUAUUACAAUUGAUGAAGAUGAUCUAAUUCCUAAUUUGUCUGCUAUUCCGGUGUCGAUACCUUCUACUUCUCAUGUUUCGAAUAAUAAUUUCUCGUCUACGAUUCAGCAUCAACCGGCGGUAUCGAAUUUAUCUUUGAAUGUUUAUCCUACAUCUGUUCGCGCUUCGGAUCUUUUGACUUUCGAUGGUAAUGUAAUCAAUUGGAUACCGUUCAAAACAUCUUUCGACGACGAAGUCCUGAGCAAUCCGAAUUUAUUGGAUACGAAGAAGCGGAACUUAUUGUUGAAAGUUUUGCAUGGUAGCGCUUUGGACAGAGCUAUGGAUCUAGUCCGUCAAGGAAAAACACUUCAGUCAAUCUGGUCUUCUCUUAAUGACUAUUACAACAGUCCAUCGAAAAUCGAUGAACAUUUAACAAAGCAAAUUCGUUCUUUGGCUUUUGUUAAUUCUCCGUUCGAAUCGGCUAAGCUUGAAAUUAUGCUCCGGGAAAUUCGCCGUUUGUCUAGCACGUGUGUUAGCCUUGGUGCGGCUUAUCUUGCCCGAUCCAACUCAUUGGUGAAGGAAAUUCUGUGGAAAUGUGGCCGCCCCCUUCGGGAAAAAUUGUGUCAUGUGGAGUCGCUAUCACAACUGGAAAAGGAAUUGGAAAAGCUGUAUAAGUCAGCCUUGUGUUUGGACUCUUUCGAUCGACGAGAAUCAGCCAGACCAUCACGUUCGUCGCAUCCAGUUGCUGCUAUGUCUGUUGCUCGUUGUGUGUUUUGUAAUCGAUCUAAUCAUCAAUCAGCAGAUUGCCAGUCUUCAAUAUCAGUAGAUGAGAAGCGUCGUAUUAUCAAUUCGAACAGUUUGUGUUUCAAAUGUUUAUCGCCUGGUCAUCGCGCCAGUACUUGUUCUCGAGCGGCUUCUAUCAGAUGUCGAGUUUGUCGUUUGAGUCAUCCGACAGUGCUCCAUCAAGUUCGCUUGAACAAUCAUUCAAAUUCCAGCAAUAACAACAACUCUGUUCAUCCUUCUACCUCUGUUUCAUCGUCUCCUUCUGUUGCUGCUUCAUCCACUUCUGCAUCUACUGCUGCUUCAGUCCCAUCAACUUCAUCUUCUACAUCGGGCGUUGCUGCGAUUUCCGUUCUUUCAAAUUCUUCUGAUCUGUCCAUGAUUCCUUCAUCUUCAUCUUCAAUUCCAUCAUCGCCGUCUCCUAUGGUUUCUUUAUCGUCUUCCAAUUCGUUAGCUUAUGUUUCAUCGUCCGAAUCAUCAUCUGUUGCUGGUAUCAGUUCUUCAUCCGAAAAUUCGCUGGUUGCACGUUAUGACGGUGUCGCUUCUCCAUCGAUCACAAUCGAACGUCCAGCGUUCGUAAUCAAUUUGUGUGGUCGAAAGUGCAUGGUAUGGCUUGACACGUGUUCACCGUUUACAUUAAUCCGAAGCGAUCUAGUUAAUAUGAAUGAUUGUGUGUCUGCCCCAUCGAUUUGUCUUUCUGGGUUCUCGGGUGGUUCAGCCACCAUUACUAAUAAGAAGAUCUCCGUCAUUCUUGAAUCUAAUGUAACUCGUGUCUCGAUUGAUGCGUACGUGAUUACGAAUCUUCACCACUGUGAUCUCAUUAUCGGGACAGAUAUGCUUUCACGUAUCACUCGUAUUGAUCCACUAAAAUCUCUUAAAUGGGAAUCUAAGUUUGGAGAUAUCCAUUAUGGUCCCGUGGCUGCUAUUGAACAUUUUAAUAUCGAUGAUGAUGAUGACGAUGAUGAAGAUAAUUUCGACAUGCAUGUUACUCGUCUUGAUAAUGGACGUUUUGAAGCGAAGCUUCCCUUUCUGACUCAUUCACGUCCUCCACCUAAUUUUCAAAAAGCGUUAUCUUUGUUGAACAAAUUGGUUGCUCGCUUACAAUCUCGAAAUUUCUAUGAUGUUUAUCGCGAUGAAUUUAUGAAGUAUGUGUCAUCAGGACAAGCAGUGGAAAUCAAUGAUACUGAUGGGUUUUUUAUUCCCCAUCAUGCCGUCCUUCGUUCUGAAUCUUCGUCAUCUCCAAUCCGUAUUGUUUUUAAUGCUUCGUUCGGACGCGAAUCUUCGUUGAAUAACCUGUUAUGGAAAGGUUCAGUAAUGGGACUAGAUGUCUUGCCGCAUUUGAUACGAAUUCGAUUAUUUAAGUAUUUUUGUACGGCCGAUUUGAGAAAAGCCUUCCUACAAAUUGCCAUUUAUCCUGAACACCAAAAAUAUCUCCGUCUUUUAUGGAAAGAAAAUGAUAAUCAAAUUAAAAAAUAUCAAAUGACUGUCCUUCCGUUCGGUGUUAUCUCCUAA